CCCCCCACCCCACUCGACCCAAAAGAAAAAAAGCGAUUGUGUACCCUUUAUGCAAACAGCCGUUGUUUAUGUAUCUAUCCGUGCAACUGACUAGCGCGCGUGUAUGUGUAUGUGUGUAUGUAUGUGUGGGUAAUUUUUUCCACUCUUUUCUUUCCUGUUCCAUGGCUCUUUCAUCGCGUUUUUUUUUUUGUUGCUUCGUUCGUUCGUUCUUCUUUUUUUUUAAAAUGCGAACCAAAAAGAUAACCCAUAACAACAACAACAAAAAAAACCACAGCAUAAAGAGUCUCUACCCCGAGCCAUUGGACCCCAAGAUGGAAGGAAGAAAGAAAGAAGAAAAUAUAGAUCCUCCACCUCCCACACCUUUCUUUCACCACAGGCCAAGAGAACGUCGUUCUGCACACCUUAAAAAAAAGAAUAGGAAUAACAAUAAGAAUAAGAGUUAGAAUAUAUAUACCCAUCCUUCCAUCCUUCUUGACGUUCAAAAGAAGAAAUAUGAGCAAUAAUGAGAAAAAAACCUAAUAAAGAGCAAAAAAAGAACCAUGUCAGACAUGCUCUCAUGCAG